UAUAUAUUUGUGGUUAUACAUCAGAUUAAAGAGGUAUUCAAAUAAAUUACGCUUUCAGACUGUUAUCAUAAGUUUAUGAUUAUAACCGUGAUAUAGCUAAGUGAAUGCGCCCAAAAUAUGGUAGGUACGAAAGUAGCUGUGGUGUUGUAACUACUGUGCCGGCAAUUGGACUAUUUCAAAGCACAUGUUAGAAGUGCAUUAAUCCAUUACCUACUGUUAUCAUAAUCUAUUAAAGUUAUUAACAAAUAAAAAAUUUUACUAAUUAUGUAUUUUUUAAUUAUUUUUUAUUUUGAAACAACAAAUUUAAUUUAAUUUUUCUUUUGUUAUUCGUAUUUAACUAAUUUAAUAUAUAAACUAUUUUAAUUUUAUUAUGAACAGCAGUCCAUUGUAAUGAUAUCCCGAGGAUCUUCUCGGUGGUUUGGCUGUUCUCAACGGCACAGUCGGUACUAUAUUAAACGAUGGUUCUCCGUGGGUACAGUCAAGUUAUUCGAGUAUAAAGUGGAUUUUUCUGAAAGGUAACUAAGUUUGAAAUUAUAUUACAAUCCAUAGUUAAGUAUUCAAGUAAACAUUACCAAUGUUGUUUCAGGAGUUCAAUAAAUCUUUCAGGAGGUAAAUAUGCACGACUAUCUGAUGGUUGUGCAGUUGCAACACUCGGGGACACCUCUGUUAUGGCAACAAUAGUAAGCAAGUCCACAAAAUCCUCAUCAAAUUUUUUACCUUUAACUGUCGAUUACCGUCAAAAAGCUGCUGCAGCAGGUCGUAUACCUACAAAUUAUUUACGGCGAGAACUUUCUGUAUCUGAACAUGAAAUACUUACCAGCAGAUUAAUUGACCGUUCGUUAAGGCCUCUAUUUCCUUCUACCUAUUGUUUUGAUACACAGGUAACAUAUUUUUAAUCUACAUACUUAUUUAAUAUUACGAGCCCUAUAAUAUAUAUUAAUGUUAGUUGUAUUUUUAGGUCAUGUGUAAUUUAUUAGCGGUCGAUGGAGUUAACCAUCCCGAUAUACUUAGCAUAAAUGCUGCUUCGACAGCUCUAGCUUUAUCUGAUAUUCCUUGGAAUGGCCCUGUUGGGGCUGUUCGUAUAGGUUUAUGUGAUAAAAACUUUGUUACAAAUCCAACCCGUCGUGAAUUAGCUAAUAGUGAAUUAAAUCUUGUUGUUGUAUCAGCUGCCCAAAAUCUAGUUGUAAUGUUGGAAGGAUCAGCAAAUAAUAUUCUUCAACAAGAUUUUUUGAAGGCAAUUAAAUUUGGUGUUAAAGAAUGUCAAUAUAUAGUAAAUGGUAUUCAAAAAUUACAAACAGAAUUUGGGAAACCAAAAAGAGAAUUUGAGAUUAAGAAUGUAGAUGAUACAAAUGGCAAUUUAGAAACAGUUAUCGAGAGUUUAUCUGAGAUUAAAUUGCGUGAAAUUUUUACUAAUGCAAACCAUGAUAAAACAUCUAGAGAUGUUGCGGUCAAGAAUGUUAAAACCGAAGCCAUUGAAAAUCUAAAAUCAAAUUUUGAAAAUUUAAAUUUUGAAAUGUGUUCUGUAAUUUUCGAUAAAAUUAGUAAAAGAGUGUUUCGAAAUUUGAUUUUCGAAAAUGAUCUUAGGUAAAUAAUCUUUAUGAAAUUUUUAUAGUAUUCAUUAAUAUCUUUAAAUGUAUUUAUUUGAAGAUGUGAUGGUCGACAAUUGGAUGAACUUCGAAAAAUAUCAUGUGAAGUUGAUUUGUACAAACCUCUACAUGGUUCAGCGUUGUUUCAAAGGGGACAAACACAAGUUUUUUGUACUGUUGCCUUAGACUCUUUAGACUCAGCACUUAAACUCGAUCCAAUGUCAAUAUUAACAAGGUCAAACAUAAUUUAUAGUUUAAAUAUUUUAUUUUUAUUUAUUCAUUUUAAAUAGAUCAAUUGACUCUGUAAAAAACUAAUUACAUUUUUUCGUGUAUUUUUUAGUGGUAUUAAUGAAAAGAAUUUUUUUCUACAUUAUGAAUUUCCACCAUAUGCAACAAAUGAUAUUGGUCGAAUGAGUCCAUUUAUGAGGCGUGAAGUUGGACACGGAGCUUUAGCUGAGCGAGGAUUGAGAUCAGUUGUCCCUGAAAAUUUUCCAUUCACAAUUAGACUAACUGCCGAGGUUCUUGAAUCAAAUGGUAUAAUUUAAUUAUUUUAAAUUAUUUAUCUUUUGAUUGAAUAUAUUUACUAAAAAUAUUAGGUUUAUAGGAUCAUCGUCUAUGGCAUCAAUAUGCGGUGGCAGUUUAGCUUUAAUGGAUGCCGGUGUACCUAUCACUCAACCUGCUGCUGGAGUUGCUAUUGGUUUAAUAGCAAAUUAUGAUAGUGAUGAUUCCAAACAUAUUAAAGACUAUAGGAUUUUAACUGACAUACUAGUAAGACAUUAAAAUAUUUGUUUUUAAUUUUUAUCUAGAAAUAACAGAAUUGUUUGUAUAUUGAGAUAAUUUUAUGUGUGUUUAAAUAACAUCACGCAAAUAGAUAAAUAUUAAAAAUGAUUACUGUUUCAGGGAAUAGAAGAUUAUAUGGGUGAUAUGGAUUUCAAGUUAGCUGGUACGAAAAAGGGUAUUACGGCAUUACAAGCAGAUAUUAAAAUUCCUGGUUUACCAUUGAAAAUUAUUAUGGAAGCAAUACAAGCUGCUACAAGUGCAAAACAUAAAAUUAUUAAUAUUAUGAAUUCAACACUUCAAAGUACAAGGUAUGUAGUGUUUUGUUGUUAAAACUAAUUAACUAUAUUAUUAAAAUUUUAAUUUUAGGAAACCUAAAAAAGAAAAUUGGCCAUUAACAGAAAUAUUGAAUGUACCAAUACAUAAAAAGGGUAAACUUGUAGGCCCCGGUGGAAUAAAUUUAAAACGUAUUAUGUUAGAAACUGGUGCACAAGUAAUUAUAAUCAUUUUUUCAUUGUACAUAUUUGAAUUAAAUAAAUAUAAAUUUUUGUCAAGAUUUCUACAGAUACUGAAAAUGAUGCAUUUACUAUAUUUGCUCCUAAUCAAGAAGCACUAAAUGAAGCCAAAGAAAUUAUUGAUAAACUUAUAUCUGAAAAAUCUGAACCUCAACUUGAAUUUGGAGCUAUUUACAAAGCUAAAAUAGUUGAAAUACGAGAAAUUGGUGUAAUGGUCACUUUGUAUCCAACAAUGCAACCGGCUUUGAUUCAUAAUUCUCAAUUAGACCAAAGAAAGGUACACUUUUUUUUUUUGAAAAUCUUAAAUUUCAAUCAUUUAUUUUAAAUGUUACCUAUGCAAAGUUUCAUCAAUAAAUUAUUAAACUGUAUACCUAUUUAUAUAUAUAGUAGACAAACGCACAAAUUUUAAAUUUUAUGUACAAGAUAAAUAUUCACCAGUUACUUUUCAUUAUGUUCUAAUUAGAUAAACCAUCCGAGUGCUCUUGGUCUAGAAGAAGGACACGAGAUUCAAAUUAAGUAUUUUGGUCGUGAUCCAGUGUCUGGAAUAAUGAGACUCUCGAGAAAAGUACUACAAGGACCAGCUUCCAGUCCUGCACGUUCUAUUGGGGGUAAAAAUACUCUAUAGACAUAAAUGAAAACUAGUCUUUUGAAUUCUUACCAAUAUUGGUACAAUGAUGUCUGAUUGAACAAUAUAAAAUUACAUUACCUAUUUGUAUAUUAUAA